CUGUAGAAGGACUUGCUAGUAUUGCUGAUCAUUGCGGCUGUUGAAGUCAACAACAUCUUACGUACUGUAUUAAAACCUUAAGUAAGACUGUGGUAUUCUCACACUUGGUCUAGUAACAGAGACAACAUUGACAUGGAGCAUAAGUAAACUGGGACUGUAUCUACAGUUUUGUGAAUCUCAACCAAAUUCUUUGACGUAACAUUUCCACCUACCAGCUCUCCGGCUACACUGAAAAGGACCAGCCAUGGAGUGGAGAAGAGGUAUAUAUGAGCUGGGACAGACAGAGACUUGUUUGGACAAUGGAGCCCUGGACAAAACUCAUGAAAAAAGUAUUUUGGAUUUGCUAUCUUCCUGGACCGACACACAGAAGUCAGUGGACAGAGUUCUGGAACACCUCAAGUCUGGGCAGACUGUCAAUGAAGUUUUUCUUGAAGACUAUCAACAGUAAGAUUCUGAUGUUCCGUGAUGACAUCAUAGAGGAAUGCGGCUGGGAGGACAAGCAACACUCAUGGGCUGCCAUAGAGAAGCCUGAGGAGAUCUUCCUGUAUGGACCCUACUAUCCCAACUAUAGGAAUGGAGAGCACAGCGAGGAUACCAUCAUCAAACAAACUCAGGAACUAAUUGAAUCUGUGGAUGGUUGGCUUGUGUUCAUAUUCACCUUGAACAGGUUUCCCUGUUUGGCCAGAAAUUCAGAACCGUGCAUGUUAAACUUGGUAUGGAAGGCUUUCGAGUGGUACACUCAAUAUGGUGUCAAGACCCAUAUUGGUUAUAAGAAGUGUUGGGGGUUCAAAGGGACAAAAGAAAACCUAUUCCGAGACAUCAAUUACCCUCAUUUUGAGUAUAUAUGUCAGAGUGGCAAUUAUCAAUCCUACUUAAAGACAAUUCAGGAAAGCACUGAGAGUGACCAGUCUCCUGUGUGUGAAAAUAUUUACUCUGCUAUUAGAAAAUUGCUUGGGCCAAAGGCACUGAAUAUAAAAUUCCCCCUGAUUAUAACUAUGCAAGAACAGGACAGAAAGAUGUACUUCAAAAAAAUGUCCAGUAUUUCCAACUCUGAUAUGCAAGGUAAGAAAGACUUCUUGGCACAAGAAAUGUCCACCAUGCUUGAAGCUCUGGCUUCUUCUCUGUCGGACGAAACAUACUCUUUACAUGAACACCUUCAGAAAGGGGCCACCUUCACCCUUGACUGCAGUUUUAACUCGCAAAUAUGUGACACGAUGCGUGCUAUGAUGAGAACAUCGUUUGAGCAGUGCUGGAGAGACAUGGUCCAGGAUAAGUUUGCUGAGUUUCUAAGAGAAAUGCUGAUUGAGAACUUCAGCAAGUGCACUGUCCAACUUUUUAUCCAUGAAAUCACAGCUGUCACAAAACAUUACCUGCACAUUGGACGGAUACAGUUAGCAGAUGACAAGGCUAGUCCCAAAUCCUGAAGUGUGGAAAACAAUGUUUUUGUAUGUGAUUGUUUUUCAACUGUAUACUGUACAUUCAGCACAGAGCAGAUCAGCCAGAGAAGGGGUCUUCUCUGGCAGGCACAACAGUACCCAAGGAUUGCUUUUUAAUGAUAUGACACAGAAAAUCAUCUGUCUUCUUUCUGUUUUCUUUCCAAAUAUUUAUUGAAAUAUUGUCCUACAAGAACGUCUAAUGUAUUUAUAGAACCUUUGAGUACCUUAUCUUUACUUAUAAAUUGUUAUUCAUAUUCUGUAUAGAAACACUGAAACACACAUGUCAAAAUAUAUGCUUGUCUUUAUUACAAUUCUCAAAGAGCUACAGGUGCACAGAGAGGACAGGUUCAGUAUCAAGUUCAGCGUUAGUGCACGUCGACAUCAGCAAGAUACACACGCCCAUCGCAACUGUGUCUCAGUGGUACAGUCUUAGAAAAAAGAUGCUACCUAGAACCAUAAUGGGUUCUACCAUAAUCCAUAUGGCAGGCUUGUUGAAAGAACCAUUGAAUGACCCAUUCUGGAUCCUGGUUAAAUCACUGAGUUAAACAGUGAAUCAAACCUUUUCAUCAAAAAAAAGGUUAAACUAAAGUUUAUUUUUCUAAAAGGGGUAAUUUUUCCAGUUUUCCCACUGAGACAAACUGAGAACCCAUUUGGAACCCUUUUUUGUAAGAGUGUACGUGUUAUUAAAAGUUACUUACAGUAUUUCACAAAUAUGUGCUAUACAAUUAUACUGGAGUGGAAUUUUAACAUAAUGUUCAUAGAUUUAUAAUGGUAAAUUACAUGUUUGUGACCAUUUGCCACAUAAUCCCAUGCCACACAAUCCCUAGGCUUUUCACCAGAAAGGUAAGAAGGUGAAGAGCUUACAGUAUCUGAUGUUAGAAUGUAAAGUCUCUUCUAAAACAGCCUCAUGAACUGUACGAACAGCAUUUAUAGAAUAAAGGCAUGGUGCUCCUUCAUGGAGAGGUUUUCUUCUUCUUCAGUAUAUUUCCAACCAGGAAGUGUGGCUUCAUACUUUUACAUUGAUCUAAAAAAACAUUUACACUGUAGCACAUUAGAAUUGAUGAUUUUCUUGAAUGAUUUGUCCAUUCCAGUUGUCGUUUCUAAAAUCAAAAAAGGCCUUCACACAUCAAAUGAGAACCCCUGUCAUUGGAUCAGUAGAGGGUGAAUGUGCUAUCAACCACUCAACCAAACAAACAACUAAUCACAUUCACCUCAAGCAGCUUCUUAUAGGUGGUUUAACACAAGACAGUUUGCAGUCUUAGAGACAUCAAGUUGUUUGUGUAUGUUUUCUGUACUGAGUAUCUUAGAAAACACACUCAAGGUAUCACUAAGGGAGGAAGUAGCUGGUUCUGCCUCAGAGCAUUGUAAAAAUACAAACAAGAAUAAUUAAAUUGUAUAUGUAAUUGUUUUGCUUUAGAGGCAACCCGGCACAUGGAGCAAUGUAAUUAAUCUUGUUUCUUACAAUAUACUCUCUUCAGGGAGCGUGUUAGACUGUAGUUCUUCAAGAGAAUUCCUUUUGACAAACUGUAAGACAGUACUUUCUUAACUGGAGUCAGAUCUAGCACUCACAGUCCACUAUAGAUUAUGUCAGUCUGCCAUCUUACUAUCAUGUUGAUGUGCUGCUGCAAAACAUACUUGGCUCAGUCCUACACUACCCCCUUUACCAUGGUGAUG